GCCAGGCUUGCCUGGCAUGAAAGGAACAAUGGGAUCAGUAGGACACAUAGGCCCAAGAGGCUUUAGAGGAAUAAAAGGACAAAAAGGUGCUCGAGGGCCAAGGGGCAUGAUGGGACUCAAGGGGAUUCGAGGACGUAGGGGGUUCCGCGGUCUUAGAGGUCCAAGGGGUAACCCAGGUGCUAAUGGACUGCCAGGUCUUAAGGGAAGUGCAGGUUUACCUGGCCAAUGUCCAACUAGUUGCCAGACCUUAAAAGGAAAUACAGGACCCAAAGGAGAUAGAGGCCCCUACGGUCCAAAAGGGGAAAUGGGUGAAAUUGGCUUGACUGGGCAUCCUGGCAGCAAAGGCGAAACAGGAAGCACUGGACUGAAAGGGGACAAAGGACAUAAAGGAAUAAAAGGUCAUCAAGGGGACCCAGGUAUCUGUAACUGUGUGGAUGGAGAAAAAGGUGAACGCGGAAAUAUUGGAGCCCCUGGACCAGAGGGAAACAAAGGAGAUCUAGGGCCAAAGGGUGAGCAAGGAAAAAGGGGUGAAAAAGGAAACAAAGGUGAACGGGGCAAAGAAGGUGAGAUAGGACCAGCUGGCCCAUGCGUUCCUACUAUCCAAUCUGCAUUCUCUGCUGGACGAAGUCCUGAAGAAGGCUUACCAAAUCCAUUUUUCCCAAUACCAUUUACUGUUGUUUUCUACAACAUCCAAGGACAUUUCAAUCCUGCAGUUGGAGUUUACAUUGCCCCAGUCAAUGGAUCAUAUAUAUUUAGUUAUCAUUUGUCAGUGGAUGAAAAUCCCGUUAAACUAGGAUUAUUCAUAAACCGUAAAUUAAUUAUCAAAACAGCUAACAAAGUUACCAGGGACCAUGUUUCCCAAACUUUAAUAGUACACCUUGAAGCAGGGGACAAAAUAUGGUUGCAAGUAAAGGAUUCUAAUUUCAAUGGUAUAUAUGCAGAUCAGGAUACAGACAGCACAUUCAGCGGCUUUCUGCUUUAUCCUGAUUCCUGUUAUCCAGCUAUUUCCAGGGAAACAUUUCCGGGAUUUUCAGGAGGUUCUGAUUAUUACAAUCCUGAUUUUGGCAGUAAAGACCCAACACAUCCUGAAGAUGAUGGCUCUGGUUCCGGCUCUGACUUCGGCCUCAGUUCCAAGUCCAGUUAUGAAUAUGGUUCUGGUUCUGGCUCGGGCUCCGGCUCGGGCUCCGGCUCGGGCUCGGGCUCGGGCUCCGGCUCCGGCUCCGGCUCGGGUUCCGGCUCCGGCUCGGGCUCCGGCUCCGGCUCAGGCUCUGGUUCUGAAAAUGGCUCUGGCUUUGAUUCAGGCUCUGGCUCUGGCUCUGGCUCUGGUUCCGGCUCUAGUUCCGGCUCCGGCUCCGGCUCCGGCUCCGGUUUUGAUUCAUAUGAGCCCAUUCCUUCAAAUGCCAGUGUAGCCCCAUAACAGGAACAAACAGAUUUUAAAUCCCCCAGGACCCACAAUCAAAAACUCAAAGCCACCAAUUUCAACUUGGCAGUUAUCUCUACAGUCACAUUUUCAGCCGUAUUCACCAAUUAAGCUAACCAGUUCAUAAAGGAAGCAUCCAAAAUAUUGAUUGAAGUAAUUGUAAAAUCAUGAAACAAGGCUUGUAGUUCUUUGUUUAUGUUGCACUGCGAGCAAACCAUUAUACCAUUUGUUAACUACGAAUGAAAACAUAGCAUUUUCCCCCCCUUAACUCAGACAAAUAUAACUUUCUUCUCACAAAUUUGGGUAUCUAAAAACAAGAUGUGUUUCAGGUAUGACAUAUAUGCUGUUAAUUUCUUUGUUUGAUUCCAUUCACAUGCUACUUUUGAACUAGGCCUUUACCUUGUUAACUAUGCAAGCUUAGUUAUUAGAUAAAGGUGUCAGUUAAUGGAAAUCAAGAAUCUGGAUCCAUUGCUGCGUCAAAAAUUUUUCAUCUUAAAUAUGUGGGUAGGAAGUAUGGUUCAGACACU